AUGGACCACAAGCCGCGCGUGCUCGUGCUCCACGGGUCCCUGCGCGAGCGGUCCUUCAGCCGCUUGCUCGCCUUCGAGACCGCGCGGUUGCUCGAGGCCAUGGGCUGCGACGUGCGCUGCUACGACCCGACGGGCCUGCCCGUGCGCGACCCGACGAUCGAGGACCACCCCAAGGUCGUCGAGCUGCGCGCGCUGAGCGAGUGGUCCGAGGGCCACGUCUGGAGCUCGCCGGAGAUGCACGGCUGCAUCACCGGCGCGUUCAAGAACCAGAUCGACUGGCUGCCGCUGAACACGGGCUCCGUGCGGCCGACGCAGGGCCGAACCUGCGUCGUCAUGCAGGUCAACGGCGGCAGCCAGAGCUUCAACGCCGUCAACGAGCUCCGGCGCCUCGCGCGCUGGAUGCGCAUGCCCUGCUGCACGAACCAGAGCUCCGUGGCCAAGGCCUGGCAGGAGUUCGACGACGACGGCCGCAUGAAGCCGAGCGGCUUCCGGGAUCGCGUCGUCGACGUCGCCGAGGAGUACGUCAAGUUCACGAAGAUCAUGCGCGAGUACGCCGACGACCUCAACGACCGCUACUCCGAGCGCUACGAGACGGCGGAGAAGGGCCGGCUCCUCACGCAGGCCGAGAAGGAGGCGGCCAAGGAGAAGGAGAAGAUGCGCUCCAAGUAG